ACAAGUUCCAAAGGGACCAACCAAACACACACAUCAUAAAAUCAUCACCAAAUCAACGCAACAAUUGAAUACCGUUGAAGUUUUGAGUUACUCACAUAAACCUUAGUAUUAAAUGCUGCAACUAAGACCCUCACCCACCUUUCAAACAACAACAAAUCACUAACCCACCCUUUCCCAAAUGGAAAAUUCCCAUUUUCACCCUCCUCCUCCUUCAUGUCUUCCUCAAACCCUUUCUCUCCACCACCACCACCACCACCACCACUUCCUUACCUCACCAAUCUCGGCUUCGGUUACUCCAUAGCCAUAGCUCUCGGUUUCCUCUUCCUUCUUUCAACCUUAAUCCUCUCUUCUUACCUAUGUUGUCGUACUUUCCGUAACCGUCAUAACCGUCACAACAACAAUAACAACAACAACCACCACAGAGAUGACGGCGUGGUUUUACCGAGGGUAAUUUUUGUAGCAGAAGAAGAUGAAGAUCGAGAUGAUGUUGUUUUAGGUUUGGAUCAGAAUGUGAUAAAUUCGUAUCCUAGGUUACAGUAUGGUAAAGAUUUGGGACAUGAUAGUACUUGUUCGAUCUGUUUAUGUGAGUAUAAGGAUUUGGAGAUGUUAAGGAUGAUGCCGGAAUGUAGACACUAUUUUCAUCUUUGUUGUCUUGAUUCAUGGUUGAAACUUAAUGGUUCUUGUCCCGUUUGUCGGAAUUCACCUAUGCCUACGCCGUUGUCGACGCCGUUGCAAGAAGUUGUUCCUCUUUCUCAUUACAUUGGUGAAAGAAGGGUAAGAAGGUGACUUUUUUUUUUUCUUUUUUUUAAUGUAAGAAAUUAGCAAUUGUAUGUAGUGAGUUUGGAAAUCUUGGUUGUUGUUGAAGUAUGGAAUUUGUGGAUUGUGGUUAGAAUUUAGAAAGAUGGAGAAUGAUGGGGGAUUUGUUGGUUUUGAUUUGGUUAUGAAAAAAUUUAUGAUAUUGUUAGGGGUUUGAUGAUGUGAUUUAGUAUCAAGAUUUUUUGUCUUUCACCUAAUCAUAUUUAAGGAAAAAAAAAUUAUUGA